AUGGCAUCUACCACCACAAGAACAAAUCCAGUCGAUCCUUUCGCCAUUUAUACCAAACGAUACAACGCUAACAAUCUAAGUUGGGCAUCCAGCACCAGAGGUAGUCUGAAAGGAAACCCUUUGCCAUUCCAACUGGAACAAGAGGUUGACGGAACCAUACGCGUUUGCAAAGUCACCACCAACUUCCGACAGAACACUGGCAUCCAAGAAGGUUUCCAGCUUUUGCAGCUCCAAGGAAAGGAUGUCUCGGACUAUCCAGGUGGAGUCGAUGAACUUCGUAACAUAGUCCAAGAAAAUCUUUCGAUUCAAGUGAUUGCGCUAAAGCCAUCCAGUGGCACUGAAGACGUCGCAACGACGACAAAAACCCCAAGCAGCACCAAAACCACCGUCACCAAUAACGAGGAGGAUCUGGUGAAAUGCUGCAAACAAAGAUCCACAGCAGCCAACCAUUGUGUCGAGCUUCGUUCCAUGCCGAAGAAAGAAGACAAGAAAAUUCAAGACCCAAAUGUUGCCGAGAUUCGAACGAAAUACAAGAGUCGUGAUCUGCUUUGGGCGUGCAGCACCAGACCAUCCGUCCGACAUACCACACCAUUCCGAUUGACACAAUACCCUUCCGGUGCCAUACGAAUAGUGCAGGUGGAAAGCUACUUUCAAGAGUCGACUGGGGUCCACGGCGGACAGCGAGUUUUGCAGCUCCAAGGAAAAGACAUUGCUGCCUAUGACGACUUUUCCGAAAUCCAAAAGGUCAUUCAAGAAAGCUUGGAAAUCAAUUUGGUGGUCCUCAAGAAACAAAGCCGACCAAAGCGAAAGCAGAAGCAGUCGCCGGGUGGAACGUCGUCAUCGACAACAGCAGGAUCCAAGGCCAGCAAUAUCCUAUCGCCGAUUGCUACCAGGGCAUCCUCCUCCAAGCCAUCGUCGCAAAACAAAAUUGAGAAAAAAGAAUCCUCGUCCAAUAAUAAGACACCAACUUCUUCUCAUUCAUCGAAACGCGGCUCUCUCCAAUCCAAACUCAAGCGCAUCUUCGCCCACUGA